UUGUAUCUUCACAGACCAAGGAGCAGCUGCCUGAAGAACGGGAAUUGCAAUUCUGGCUGCCUUUAUGUAAGAUCUUUGAAAGGUGGUGUCUGACGGUCCAGAAACCUCGUACAAUGGCAUGUGGAAUAAGCUGCAACUACUCUGCUGCAUAUGAGACCACACUCUUCCCCAUUAUCUACGGAUUGGUUUUCAUCUUUGGACUGGUGGGCAACUUGGCUGCCAUAGGAGUUAUCUAUCAAAAUGUGAAGAAGGGCAAUGUACUUGGAGUAUAUCUCGCCAAUCUCUGUGUCUCAGACCUCAUGUAUAUCUUUACCCUCCCAGUAUGGAUUGCCUAUACAGCCAAAGAUGACUGGCUCUUUGGGGCUCUCACUUGCAAGAUUGUUGGGUUCUUCUUCAAUGCCAACCUGUACACCACCAUAGCCUUCCUCAGCUGUAUCGCUGUUGAUCGGUUUGUAGCCACUGUAUUCCCAUUUCGAGCCAGGGCAUUAAGGACUAUGAGAGGCGCCAUGAUAAUAUGUUUAGUGGUUUGGCUGAUUAUUUUAGGAACUCAUUCUGUGUUCCUUAGCCAUGAUGAACUCUUUAACUCCAGUCAGAAUGUCAAGCUUUGCUAUGAAAAGUACCCAAUGGAGCAGUGGAUUGCUCGACUCAACUAUUUCCGUAUCUUUGUUGUCUUCCUCAUCCCCUUGAUUCUUCUAGUGGUCUCCUAUUGCUCUGUAGUCCGUGUGGUUCACCGCAGCUACAGCUUGGAAAAAGAGCAGAAACAAAAGAUCAUUGGGCUCUUAAUGACCAUGAUGGCCAUCUUUGUCAUCUGCUACCUCCCGUAUCACAUUGUGCUCUUCAUCCGCUCCUAUGUUAGUGACCGGAACAUCUGCACCUGCGACAUAGAACUGAAGGUGCGUCCAGCUUAUCGAGUCACCUUCUCCUUGACCAGUCUCAGCAGUGCCCUGGACCCUUUCAUCAACAUCUUCGUCAGCGAAAGCAUCAAGCAAGAUCUUCUGAAGGAAGUCAGAGCGGUAUGGUCUGGACUUCGAUCUAUUCGUCGCGCACGGAGCUCUCUGCGGACUUCAAGAAAAGGUGGAUGUAACACGGAAACUCAUCACGUAGAAAAUGAUCAUCUACUGGAGAAGAAAGAAGAGACUACACUCUAGUGGCAAACUGAGCCAGGCCUUUAAAAUGGCAGCUAUGGAAUACAUGAUCUCUUCAUACGUCUCCGCUGUCUACAACCUUCAUGUUGUAUGUGUUGCAACCGGUAAUAGAAGAAACCCCAGAGACACGUUCAAUGCCUUCCCUCCUUUUAUUCCUCUUAAGACUACAAAUCCAGACAAUGCAUGGAAAACUCUGGAAACUUACUUUUAUUUAACCUGUUGUACUGAACCUCAUGGGAAAAUACAAGUUUACAUAUCAAUGUGUUUUUGUUUUUUUGUAAUAGCUGAAUAUUCUUUAAAAUAAAAUGACACUUUUUUUUUUUUUAAGCUUUUUAAAUCCAUCCUAGAAAACCAUUUACACCAGCAGGAAGAGAAUCCAGUGGGAGAGGACAUUACCUACUCAUGCAUUAUAACCUAUGGCAUGCAGUCUCUGAGAAUCCCUGCACAAUCCAUGGUCCUAAUGGCUGAGAUGUGUAUGUGUAUAGCUCUUGGCGACAGACCUUAUGCCUAGCAGCAGAAGCCACAAGAUAUUAAGACUAAAGCUCUGAAUCUUUGCCUCUCAAGAAAUGUAGAAACAAAAAAAAAUAUCAUCAACAAAGACCAUCAUGCUUUGCUCCUGGGCCAAUAUGGCUGCUCGUAAUGUCCACUAUGGUUUGUGUAGUUGCAGGAGUUUGCUUUUUAAAAUGGACAUGCUCGCUAAAAGCUUCAUCAGAAAGGUGCCCUUAAGUAAGGAACGGACUAGUGGGGGUUGCAGUUGCUCAGCAAUGCAGGCUUCCCAAAAAAUAAAUAUCCUAUCAAAGGUUUGGGUGAGCUUACAGCAGAAACAGUGCCAUGCAAAUAUUCUGUAGGCGUAUGGAAGCGGAUACAUACUGUGAAACCUACACAACCACCUGCUAUGGAGAGAAAAUGGUUAUUGAAAGGAAGCUCUGGUAAAAAUGGAGAUUCCCAUGGUAGAUAGUCAUUGGAGUUUUCUACUGAAUAAUUUUUUUCUCUCUGAGCUUGCAAAAUGGUAUCUAAAUGAGUUCAGGUGACUACCUACUGCCAGGUCCCAUCAUCAGAGGUCAACACGGUGGAUUUCCGUGCCCUUUUGUAGACCUUCUAUGCAAAAAUGCUGAUAGCAUGUUACUGCUGAUGCUCCCCCUGGUGGACCCCAGUCUGGAGAUGAUGGGGGAGAAUGGAGAAUACUUCUAAUUUGAAAACGUGCAAGUAGAAGAAACCCCAGAAGGAGACACCCAUUGUCCCCAAAUGAGUUUUUCUAUAAAUAAUCUGGAAGGCAAUGCAGUACAAAACCCCGACCUUGGUAGAACGUCCAAGCUAGCAAUAGGUUGGUGAUAUUAAGGCUACAUAGUUAACACUUACUGUAAUGCACAGCUUGUGCCGUGGCUGACCUGAAACUCUGCAGGUUGACACCAUGGUCCACCAUGGUUAUGGGUCAUCCAGUCUAUGAGGUUGCCACUGUAUUCCAUUAAUAUGGCUCCAGCAAGUGAAAGGAUUCUGUGAUAUCACUGGUGACCUGAUCAUGAACAUCAUGAGUGUUUCAUGAAUGCCGGUUUUAGAGACCAUCACUAUAGCUGGUGCUAUGCUGAGAUAACGGGUGUAUGUAGACCUAAUGUCAAGAGCUUCCAAUAUUAUGGCUGUUGUAUUGGGAUAUGAGGAAACCACAUAUGGAACUUACUGAAACAUUUUCCACAUGGAUUUCUUACGCUUUCUUACUUGCAAUGGCUAUCUCCUUUUUUUAUUUUUUUUGACCCGAUUAUCUGGACUGAUCUAAUAAAAUUAAUUAUCAGAACCGGUUAUAGAUUUCCCUUGGUAACUUGGCACCGCCAAACCCACAUGUGCCCUUUCUGUAUCUUGUGCCAACAAAUGCAAAGUCUAGCAGUCAUUGUGUGACAAAGACUAAAGCCUAUGAAUUCGCCAUGAGCUACUGCCUCUCUCUAGGGCCUCGCAAAUAGAUGUACGUUUAAGGCUACUUUCACACU